UUUUCAACCACGUGCUGUUUGCCGCGCUUCAGAUCGAUCCGGGUAUCUAAUGUACAUUUAAUCAUAUCUCAUGACACACGAGCUUUCACGAGACUGUCAGUCAAAGAUUUAUUGGGGUGAUUAGUCGGGUAAACGAGCGUCGACAAAACUCGCGGGAGAAGGACCUCUAGCGGUAGACGAUGGUCAAGGGAUGUCCAGUCGGGGAGCGUGCUGUAACAAGUCAGUAGUAACAAUAACAGUGGACAAUACGGUAGUGGUCACUUCAGCUCGCGUGUGGCCAUCAAUGAAACCAGAUACAGUUAACGGAACUUAUAAGUAUUAACUAAAAGUGCUAAUAGUGAGACAGUGGAUAAAGUGUUAAUAAUACAUCCGUAUUUACUUAAAUUUGAUACAGUAGUGAUGCCGAGAUAAGAAUAACGCUGUGAUUUAUUGGCAAUAAUCAGAGAUUAAAAACAAAUAUUCGAUACCGUAAUACUUUUCAAAAUUUGAUACUGAGAUUAGUUUUGUUACUUUUAUAAGAUAGUGGUAACAAGCUUUGAUAUUGAUUGAUGUUAUUUUGAAUGCUGUUUCUAGUCAUAAACUUGACAAAGAAUAACUUCGUUUUGAUUAACGUUUAUUGGACCGUGACUUAUGAAAGAUUUAAUUGUGUUUUGGCCAUUCCGCAUCUUUGGAUUUGUCAUGCAUGGUUCCAGUAUAGCACGGGCGAUCGUUAAAAUCAAUUUACUUCAGCUUAUGUAUACCAUUAAUAGCAGGAAUCUUCUUCAUUAAUUAAUUAACGGUGAUUACACAAUCAAGCGAGACAAACUAUUUCAAAGAACGUGGUUAUUUAGAAACGUACCAGUGCCGCAGAUGAAUUUGAAUAUUGAAGACACUAGAAAGGUUGAAUUACGUAUCAUUCUCACGAAUUGCUUGUCACGAAACAUCAAAGCAUUAAUUCGUUGAAGAAGAAAAAAUGAUUUUAUAAAUGAAUUGUGACAGGCGUACUCUAUGAUAAGGAACUAAAUAUUUUAGAUACGAGAGUUAUUGGAAAGCGCUGUGACAGAACAUUUCAACUAAACGUGACAAUAUUAAUCAUAUAACGGAAUACACAAUAUUGACAAAGGGUUUUUUAGCGGAUUCUACGACAGCCUCUAGUAGAUUAGCAGAAAAAAAAGCUUUUUACUACUGAGCCGUAAAUGUGUUUUAAACAAGAUUUCAGAUGUAGUCUCUAUCAGCCUUCGGGACAAAUCAUCUCAAAGCGAUUAGUUUUUAAAGGUUUAGCGGCUGACUUCUUCAUUUAUUAUAGUGUGAUAAGAUUGUUUCAUAGCAUACUGUCGUUUUUGUCUGUACUCACCCAGUUUGAUAUCACGCUCUUCUUAAAGCAGAGAUAUAUACGACCGUUCGGAACAUGGUUGAACUCUUAAUAGUAUUUAACUCUUAAUAGACUGAAAUGUGAACUUAAUGAAAGUCAAUUUGUCAGAAUCGGUGUUAAUAAAUAAAAGAGUUUUAGAUUGUUUCACAACGUGUGAUGAGUGUUAUUGGACAACUAUCUCGAUUAUUUUGAGAACUUUGUCGCGGAUGAAGAGCUCAGACGAAAUUGAUAAAAAGUUACUUACUAAGGAGAUUUUUUUAAGAUAUUUAAGACGGUCGGAAUAUAUAGACUUGAAUACUGAGUUAAAGCCAGGACAAAUCGGUGUCUGUAGAAUUAUAUAUUUUGUAUAAACACAUACAAAAAAUAUACAGUUAUGUUACUGGAUAAUUGAUACCAUUGAUCCUUAUAGGUUAAUGUAAUUAGUGCUAAUGAUAAUUACAUAUUAAUCACACUAAUUACUGUUGUUAUAACAGUCAGCAUAUAUCGGUUAACAAAUAUCACCAUUAUUUUUCUGAUGAAAAAAAAAACAACCAUAAACACUAUUCGAGUUAAUAAUAUUUCUUAGUUUAGACCGUGGCAGAUGCUCAUUGACAGUUAGAUCAUCCGUUUAUCUCGGAACUGGCUCAGGUGUUGUCGCUGUGAGACAUCAUUUGUUACAAGCAGGCCAACCCACUAUGAUCCAUGUGUGUUAUUUAUAUACAACUUAUUGAACAGUUCUGUGUUUGUUACAUGACAUAUGGCAUCGAUUGUCUAACAAAACUCUCAUAUAAAACAGAUUCUUAGUUUGCAAUUGCAAAGUUCUUGUGGGAUUUAUUGAGGUAUGUAUAUAUACUAACGUUACAUGGACAUACCGGAAAGUUGCUUGGGCAUGUUAAAAAGAUAACUCGCAGUGUCUUUCUGCAGUCUUUAUCCUCCAGUGAAACAGCUCUAUAGUUAGUAACUUUAUGGCAUUAUAACAAGUCGUGAAUAUUUGAUGUACGUAACGGUUCUAUAUAGACAUGUAUAAGUAAUAAUCCGGUGUGAUUAAAUAACAAUACUAAGUGAAUUAUAUUAAUACUUACUGUACUGAGGAUCUAAAUAUCAAGUUUGAAAUUGAUGGAAUGUGAAGUCAUCUACGUGGUUUAAUGAACAGCCAAAAGUCUCUAUCAUUCCUAGGCCUCAUCAUGGCGGAAGUGCCCUUUGACCCUGUUCUACGGUCAUUCUGGGAACGAUUUCCCUGUCCGCCAUCUUGGAAUAAUGACCUGCUGUUCCGGACUAAUUGGACUUCCUGUGUAGCCCCGAGUGUAGGGGAACGGAUUAUACUGUUUAUGGCCGACAAAUGUGGAAUUAAGAAUCUGCCCGAUCAUUUCAUACCCCAAAAACCUCAAGACAACCGAGGAGAUAUGCUAGAAGACACCUGUACUUUAAAUUGUCAAAUUAUUGUGGCUUUAGUGUGUGUUUUAUUUGUGGUAUUAACAAUCACUGGAAUAAUAAUCAUAGUUUAUAGGAAAAGAAAAUGUAAGAGGAAAUCGAGCCCACCCCAUCCUUCUCGUCCUGGUGAUAAAAUGUUCACAGCUGGUUCAGUCAGUAGUCGAAGACAGCCACAAAAUCACAUUCCGCCAUCAUCUCAUUUCCAUGCUGAUCCAAACCAAAAUCCGUUGUUACGACGGCCUUUGCCUCCAUUACCAAACAACUGUCAUUUUGCCAACUAUAGAAUUCUACCCGAUGGAGACAAUUCGUCCUCUUGUGCCAGUCACAGUACCGGUGGGCAAUCGCCAGUGUAUGAAUACAUCGAUGAUCAAAGUGUUCAUUAUGGCUGUCAGCCGUGUCACAGACAUUCAAGAGAAAUCGCUUGUGUUCCUACGCGACACAGUAACCGUAAUUCUCAGGAUCUAAUUCGUUUUAGCUUUGGUCAUCCAGCCAGUGCGUAUAACGACGAUCCCGGUGAUGAGAUAUGGUUCGAUGAACAAGGUCGUCAGUAUAAUGCCCCGUGGAACGAUCGGCAACUUAUUAACAUGUUUAAAGAGGUUGGAUGUCACCCCCCUAGAGUACCGCGUGACAUGAUGCCACCACCGCGUAGAUCUCAGAGUGGUCAUAGACUUUCACGAGACUCCAGGGAAAUGAUGCCGUUCUGUGGUUGUUCUGAAAGACUUUCCUUUGACAAUAAUUAUCGCAGUGAUCGAAGUGAUACGGAUCUGAGUGACCGCGGUACACAAACAUUGUCUGGUGAAACACAAUUUGGAAAUAAUCCAAACGACGUUUCCGGUGUAACUAUUCACUAUAAUCCGCGACAUUCACAAGGAUUUCAAGAUGGCCGUCGGAGAACUCCGUCCAGGGGUAAUAACUCAAACAGACACAGUAGAACGGAAAUGCAAUUUUCACCAUCUUGUGAUAGAUUAUCAGCGCGAGAUAGUUCCGACAGAAGACCAAUUCCAGCCAUACAUGCAGAUUAUUUCUCUUCAGAGGCAUGACAAAAAAAGAAACUGGACAAUACACGCGUGUGAAAAUAUAAGAUUGUGAAUAUGAAACGAAACGAAACGAAUAACAUGUAUUUUUAUUUGAAGAGUGAUCGCUAGUCUUACAAGUGCUAUAAUUGAUUUGUGCCGUAUGUAUGAACAUCGUAAUGGUUUUCUGUUUAUAACCAAAACAAUUUUGCUCAGAAAAAAACUACAUAAGUGUAUUAGGCUUUUAUUAAUUCGUCAUAUGUGUAAAAGUAUUUCAUCUCUACGAAAUACCGUGUCAUAAAACGCGGUGAAUGAACACUUUAAAAAUGCAUAAAAUGUGUAAUAUUUAGUGUAAUGUGAAACUGCAAUUAAGCCUAUUUGUGAAAGUGAAGUGCAUAUCAAAACUGUAUAGUUUCUUUAUAAUAACACUGCUUUAUUUUCUUAAUACGAAGCAUUCGUUUAUUAUCAUAUCUGCAGAUAAAACAGCAGAAAAAAACAUCGAAAUUACUAUUAUUAUAUGACUUAUUUAUUCAGCUACCAAUUACCUAGAGGAGUUAGUCUGUAUUUCUCCUUUAACUCAAGUAUAAUUCACAAAAUUAUACAAUUAAUAUUUGACUUAUUCGUAAAUAUAGAUUUUAGGACAAUUUCUGUUAAAACUGCUAUAAUUUCUAGUGAAUGUGAAUAUUGCAAAUAUUUAUUUUAAUUAAGAGCUAAUUUCAUAAUAUUCAUUGAUCAUAUCAAUAUAAUUAUGUUCCAUGGCAUCAGACUUUAUUUUCCAUAUCCAAUGUUUUUUUAUAAAAGUAUUUGAAAUGAAUGGCUAGAGUUUUUACAGAAACGUGUAUGAUGUGUUCAGAAUUCGUGAAAAAAUCUAAGCAGGAUGUUUGUCAGAAUUAUAUUCGACCGUAUAGAAUUCUGUGUUUUUAUGGAGGAUAAUACUACAAAUAAGUCAAAAGAGAUUUACCGUUAUUAAAAGAUAACGCCAACCAAAGUCUUUCCGAAUAUAAGAUAAUAUAUUAUAUUAAUAUAUAAUAGAAAAUGAUGAAGAUGAUUAUCUAUAUAAGUAUUGUGUAUAUAUAUUUCCUAUCAAAUUUGUAUAAUAGAUUUAUAUA